GAGGAAACUACUCCUGCAGCAGGAAGUACUUUGAUCAAGACGAAGAAAAUGAAGCUGGAACGAGCAAUGGAUACCGCAACGAGCAACACAGGAGGUGGAAGCGCGUUCGCCAGCGAUAGUUCUACAAAGCUGGCGACCGUGAUCAAAGGCCUCAAGAAAUUCGACCGAAAGGACCCAGCUGAGUUCAAGAUAUGGAUGAAGAAAUUCUGCGUGGUGUUAGGCGUGACCAGGAAGGACAUCCUGCCACUACUGAAGAAGCAAAGGAUGCCAGAUCCCGCAGACACAGCGGCCUUCGACUCCUACACAAAGGCAAACGAAGAUCUUUACGCCAUUCUUUUCCUCCUAGUGAAACUUCCAGCCGCCUCGUCAGUACAGAGGCACAAAGCCGACACUGGCAUCAGCGGCGACGGACAAGCUGCCUUCGAGGAGCUCUGCAACAACUAUGACAGGGUAACGGACGAGGACAUCAGGGCCAAGAUGAAGGAGCUGGAGAACAAUCCCAUGAACCCUGGUGACAAUCCCGACGACAACUUCAACCAGAGGCACCUACUUCGCGCCCAGCUGGAUAAGAUGGGAGCACCCAUCUCCGACCGCCGCUUCAAGGACAUCUGCGUACGGGGCGUCUCCGACGAAUAUAAGGACGUCAAACUGAUGGUGUUCAGGGACCCAACCUUCAACGUCCUGGACAUGAAAUCCACCAUGCGCAACAUCUUCUUGGACGAACAAUCGCGCAAGGGAUGGAAGGGACGCAUAGCUGGUCGAGGAUUUGCCAUGGCAACGACCGCGAGGAACUGCCCCAAGAUCAAGAACAGGGCGAAGAAGAAACGAAGCCCGCCGGAGCUACCAAGUGGUGUUCCAAGCACAACACUACGUCUCACUCGGACGAGGAAUGCUACCAACAAGGGGAAAGCGCCCGGAAGACACCUUAUUCCACCCCGUGAUCACACAGAANCCAGGAAGGACAUCCUGCCACUGCUGAAGAAACAAAGGAAGCCAGAUCCCGCAGACACAGCGGCCUUCGACUCCUACACAAAGGCAAACGAAGAUCUUUACGCCAUUCUUUUCCUCCUAGUGAAACUUCCAGCCGCCUCGUCAGUACAGAGGCACAAAGCCGACACUGGCAUCAGCGGCGACGGACAAGCUGCCUUCGAGGAGCUCUGCAACAACUAUGACAGGGUAACGGACGAGGACAUCAGGGCCAAGAUGAAGGAGCUGGAGAACAAUCCCAUGAACCCUGGUGACAAUCCCGACGACAACUUCAACCAGAGGCACCUACUUCGCGCCCAGCUGGAUAAGAUGGGAGCACCCAUCUCCGACCGCCGCUUCAAGGACAUCUGCGUACGGGGCGUCUCCGACGAAUAUAAGGACGUCAAACUGAUGGUGUUCAGGGACCCAACCUUCAACGUCCUGGACAUGAAAUCCACCAUGCGCAACAUCUUCUUGGACGAACAAUCGCGCAAGGGAUGGAAGGGACGCAUAGCUGGUCGAGGAUUUGCCAUGGCAACGACCGCGUCGGAGAGCGUCUGCGGCGCCUGGGCUUGGCAGUACGAGGGACUGCGAAUCACGACGAGACGGCGGCACUGCGGCCUUCCGGGAUGGCCUGUUCCGCCCGAAGGCUUCUGCGACAACGGCUUCGAUAUCGGCUGCACAGAUGACACAGCUCGUGCCAACAACACCAAUGCCGCGUCCGGAUUUUGUAUCAACAGCAACAGCAGCAAUGGCAACCAUGCCGCAGGCGCCGGCGACGAGAUGUCGGCCCAGAGCUUCGUGCGAUGCUUGCGGGCUUACCGCCGACGGUUCGGCCUGGCCGUCUUCACCGAGACCGAGGUCCUUGGAGUGGAGCGAGAGGCGGUGUCGCCGUCGACCCGCCGCGGUGAUGCCCGUGCUCGGGCUGGCGGAAUUCAUGUCCGCUUCCGAUGGAGAGGCGAGCCGGCGGUAUCCGUGGUACGUUGUGAUCACGUCGUGGUCGCUACCGGAAAGUGCUCAUCCCCGAGAAUGCCUUCCACGGUGCUGGAGAACCUCCGAGGCUUCUCCGCGGAGGUUUUUCACUCGAGUGAAGCCAAGGCCCUAGCAUCGAGGGCGGCCAGCGGUGGUGGCAUCUGCAUUGUCGGCAUGGUUAACAGCGCCUGUGAUAUCGCGGUGGCUCUUCUGGCGAACGGCGUAGACAGAGUUCACAUCUCCACGAGGUCGGCACUUCCGAUCAUCAUGCGGAAGUGGGGCCCGCUUUCCUUGGAGUGA